AUGAAAGUGACAUUCGCAACAACCGCUGCCUCGAUCUUGUUGGCACAGAGUCUUGUUCUCGUCCAAGCCAAUAAUCAGCAGAUUAUUCCCGCCCAACAAAGGCUUCUCAUCCCACCAUCAGUGUUUGGAAUCCCUAGAGGAGGUGGUCUGUUUACAGACCUAUUGUCAAAGGUUACCGAAUCAUCGCCAGAAGACUUAAAGGCAGAAGCCAAGGCCAAGCGAUCGGAAGUCAAUGAUCUUGUAAAGGAACUUCAGGCAGAAGCCAAACGCAGCUCUCAGGAAAUCAAGGAUAUGGCCAACGAACGGGCCAAGGAACUGCAAUCCAAAGCGAAAGAAAUCUUGAAAGAGGAGGGGGCAAAUGCAAAGGCCAAGGCUAAGGAACUGGAGGACCGAGCCGACGCUUUGAAAAAGAAGGCUUUCAAAAAGGCAGAAGAUAUUCAGGGGGAGAUUGAAGCAAAGGCACAAAAGAAAAAGGAUGAUCUCGAAAAGGAACUGACUGCCAAAGCGGAAAAGAAAGCCAACGAGUUAAAAGCCGAACUCCAGGCCAAGAAGGACAGCAAAGAAAAGGAACUAAGAUCCAAAAUGGCAGUCAAAGAAGCUGAACUAAAGGCAAUGGCUGCCGACAAGGAAAAGGAAUUCAAAACAAAGGCUCAACAAAAGAUGAAGAGUCUCGAGUCAUCCAGCUGGAUGAAAAAGUUGAAAUCCGAAGAUUAA